UGGUCGAGAACUGAUCACUUGACUUAUAAAUGUGAAUGAUAAUAAGCAAACUGACAAGGAGAAGCACGGUAGCCAUUUCAUGCCCAUCACAAAUUUACUGACAUACCUUUGUAUUUUGUAUUUUUGUCAUGAUUUAACUGUUUCCCGUAGAACUUAGUUUAAACUGUUUAUAAUAUUAUACUUUACAGUUUUAUUAUGCAGUUGUGGGACCACGGAAUACAGACGUGAGACGUUCCAGUUGCAAACUUGCAACAUUAUCGUUUACAAUUGCACCGGUCACCGGUAGUCACUUUAGACUCAACGUGCAAUCUGUUAGAAUCAUUCGCGAUGGCCGGCGACAAUGACGGGAUCCCGGAGAGUGUACUUGGCAUACUCAAGACGGCAUCGGAAGAAAUUCUGAACAAACAGGACGGAUACUGUUUUACAGUGGAUAACGAACCUGAUGAAAACGUUAAAGAAACGUUUUCUUAUAAUGACGCCGAGCUGGCUGAGUUUAUUAAUUUUGAUAUGAUAGGAGAGGAAGGUGACAAUCUUGACUCUUUUAACCAUCUCAUUAGUAAUACAAACCACAAAGAUCUUACUGGCGAUCGCAAGGUGUUAAAAAUAUUACUGAAUUCGGGAAUUGGUCAAGUUGUACCAGAAAACUAUGUGGUUUUGAUACAUUAUAUUGCUUAUAUAUCAAACCUUCAAGAACCAUUUGAUGUAACAUAUCUUCAAGGCAGAAGACCUAAACGUUUUACAUUGGGCAAUGGUGAACUCAUACCAGGAUUAGAAAUUGGUAUAAAAACGAUGACUACUGGUGAAAACGCAAGGUUUAUAAUAAAGCCAGAAUUGGCGUACAGAGAAUUGGGUUGCCCACCUCGCAUACCACCAAACGCAACUAUUCUGUUUGACGUCCAUCUUGUUUCCUUUUUAUCACCUGAAAGUAUCAUAACCUUUGAUAGAGAAAACCGUGAUCCUGAUGCAUUUAAUAAAAAUCUUGUUCAAGUUAAAAAAUUGCAUUUUGAAGCUAAUGAACAAUUUAAACUUAAAAAUACAGAUAAAGCCGUAUUUAAAUAUAAUCGGGCAUUAGAACUACUGCAUAUAGCUGGAUGCAAAAAUGACAACGAAGAAAUAGAAAUGAUGAAAUAUUUGAAUAGGAUUUAUACAAAUUUAAGCUUGUGCUAUUUAAAACAAUGUGCGUUUAAUAAAGUAUGUCGUAUGGGUAUAGAGGCAUUGAAAUAUUCGGAAAGAUUUUCCAAACGCUCAACAAAAUUAUUUUUCAACUGGGGAAAAGCAUUACGCCUAUUAAAAGAUUUUACAGAAGCUAAGAAAAAGCUUGAAAUUGCACGGAAACUUGAACCUCAAAAUGAAACAAUACAAGGUGAGAUUCAUAAAUUACAAAAAGAUAAAGAAUUUCAUCGUAACGUUGAAUUAAUUACAUUAAAAGAUGACAAUGCUGAUGACAAUGAACGAUUGGCUCCAGAAUUUUGGGAAGUAUUCAAUACACAUUUAACCGAGUUUUAUACUGGUAAUGAUGAUGUAUUGACAGUUAUGUUGAACAAAAACCCUGAUGACAUUGAGGUAGUCAAAAACAAGGCAAGUGCUUAUGACCUCCAAGUUCACGUAAUAACAAAAGCUGGUGUUCCAACAAAUUGUAUUGCGAUCAAAAAAUAACUUAUAGUUAAAAUAAGCCAAGUUAAGUUUGUUAAAUUUUAUAUUCAUAUUUAAGUUUCGGUAACUUGAUUUCUAAAUUUAACUGUUACAGUAUGUUUAUGUUUCAUUUGUUUUCAACUAAGAAAUUCAAAUUUAUACACUAGUUAAACUUUAAAGCAAUAAAUCUAAAUAAUUUGGUUAAUUUUGAAUAAUUCAAGUCUUGUAAAUAGUAUUAGUACCGGGCUAAUGUGCAACAUCAACUGAGUUAUCAACGAUGAAAACUUUUAUGCACAUUUUUAUCAAUCCUUACAAAUAAAAAAAUUGAAAUUUA